AUGGCUUCUAAAUACGAAUCAAUCAAAGGGGAGGAUGAGAAAUUUGAGGAUGUCUUUCCGCCGGGAAGGACUUCGUCUUCGCUUUCCGAAUCAACGUUGUUAGAUGAGGAAGAGCAGAGGUCAAUUCGACCGCAGGCGAGAACUCCUAGAUGGAUGUGGAUCACUCAUGCUGCGUUACUUGGACUGUCAUUGACGAUGUUCGUCUCGUCUUGGUUUGCGAGAGUAUCGACUUUGGACCAUGUUCGCCAGUUUUCAGCAUAUUCGCCUGCUGCAAAAGCUGUCAAAUAUGACAGAGUCAAGUUCAACGGCACAAUGGGAGAAGGCUCACCAUAUGUUGGAAAGGGUCCAGAAGUCGAUGAAGCAUGGCACAAGAUUUCUUAUGAUAUUGGUGACCAAAUGAUCACUCCCGAGGAGCUCAAAAUCAUUGGGAUGCCUGAAUCAUCACUCAAAGUCAAACAUCCACAGACUGGAGUGGAAGGAUAUCGCGUCGGUCUUGAAGUUUUCCAUCAACUUCACUGCCUGAAUCUUCUCCGUCAGGUCACCUACAAAGAGUAUUACACGGAGAUUGGUAAUGGAAAUUUUGCAUCUGGCGAUGAAGAACUUCAAAUGCAUACCGACCAUUGCCUUGAAAUGCUACGCAAGAAUAUUGAGUGUAAUGCAGACAUUGGAGUCUUUACUUUCUACAUGGAAGAAGGAGAUCCGCUGCCAUGGCCACAACUGGAAACCUUCCAUCAAUGUCGCAACUUUGAGGCUGUCAAAGAGUGGGCGCUUGAGAACUCUGUUGGAAAUAUGGAAAGACCUGAUGUUCAUCCUGAUAAAUGA